AAUGAGUGCAAGCCUCAGACGACACUGUGUGGCGUCCCUCAAAUCCAACUUCAUGGGUCUCGAGCUUAUAUUCUCACUUUUCCUUUCAUGAUUUAUGGACACUCGUGGAUCGAUGGAUUACAGAGCAGUUGGCCAAAGUAGGGAAUAUGAAGGUGUUUCAUAUUAAGUUUCUGUCUAACCCUACAAUGUCUUUCUAAAGUAGUGCUGCUGACAGAGGUCACUAAAAGGGAGUUUUGAAAGGACGUGAAGGCGAACAUCAUCUGCUGGACUGUACCGCUACCGUCAAGGACAAUGUUUUCGGCAACGGGAAAGCGUUGCUUUACCAUUGAGUCUUUGGUGGCUAAGGAAAGCCCCUUAACACAAGAAGACCCUAUUCGCCCUACCGCCCUAAGCUACACGGCGCCUGCUGACAGUUUUCUUAACGGGUAUCAAAGCCCCGCAGGCCGCGCGCUCUAUCCAAACCCCGAGCUGGUGUUUUCCGAGACUGUGAACCAUGCACCUCUCAGCAUGCACCCACACCAGCUCGGCGGCACACACCUCCAACACCCGCAUUUCUUUGGCACGCAGCACCGUGAACCACUAAAUUUCUAUCCGUGGGUCUUAAGGAACAGGUUUUUUGGCCAUCGGUUUCAAGGAAGCGAGGUCUCACAGGACACGCUGUUAUUGCACGGACCUUUCGCAAGGAAGCCCAAGCGGAUCCGCACCGCGUUCUUGCCCUCUCAGCUGCUGCGCCUGGAGCGAGCCUUCGAGAAGAACCAUUAUGUAGUCGGAGCCGAACGGAAACAGCUCGCUAACAGCCUCAGCCUGUCUGAGACUCAGGUAAAAGUGUGGUUCCAGAACCGCAGGACCAAGUAUAAGAGGCAGAAGCUGGAAGAAGAGGGCCCAGAGUGCACACAGAAGAAGAAGGGAAACCACCACAUGAACCGCUGGAGGAUUGCCACCAAACAGACCGGAUCUGAGGACAUAGAUGUCAUGUCUGAUGCCUAAGACCAACCUUAACACUGCCUAAAUGAACACAAGACCAAGAAAACCACUAUUUAUUUAAUAUUAUUAGUCAUGAUAUCUCAGAUUCUAAACCUAACUGCAGAGAACCUGACCACAUUGUGAGUUAAGGAUGAAUUAAACCGGUCUACACCCAGGACUGAACACUAUAGCCGUUUAACACCUCUGCUGGAAUUAUCCAGUUUUUCAGACAUGCAUCCCCUGUAAGAAAAAAAUCAUAUUAUAUAUGACUGUCUUUCUCUUCAUCUUCUUCUUGUUUUUUUUUUAUUGUUUUUUUGGAAGAAAUUGUAUUUAAAACUUACAAUGAAGUUAAUUUUCACAAGUCAAUAUUUUUUAGUUCUAAUAAUUUAGUUGUUUCUUUGUAUAGGCGGUUACUAAAAUUGACAUUUUAUUCAAUACAAUAUGAUGUUGCCUUCAUUUAUCAAGAGAUUGUGAAGUUCCAAAUGAUUUAAGACAUGCUGAUUAAACUGGUGGCAGCUUUAGGUAAUUAUAGCAACUAGAUUGAAAUAAGUUAAGUGAUGUGAGGAAUCAGUUUACCAGCCAGUUUUAACAUGAGCCAUCCUGUACCCACAGCAUAGAGGCAAGGGUGUAUGUGUCUGUGUAAAUAAUGGUCUCUGUAUCUAAAGGAGUGUAGGAAUUGCUGUUAGAGUGUAAUGGGAUGAGUGUGUGUGUGUGUGCUCUUGUUUUUGUGACAUAUCAGGACACACCUCUGUAUAAUGACAUGGGUAUGACACAGGUAUUACAAGGAGAGGGUGACUUAUGAGCACAUAACCC